AUGUCUGCACUCUUGCAGCUUCAAGGAACGAUUGUUGCACCAAGCAGAGAUGCAUGGAAUGGCAAUGAUAAGUGGAUUCAAUUCUCAGAAAUAGAUGGCCUAAUAAUUGAUGGGGGUGGACUAAUUGAUGGUCAGGGUUCUUCUUGGUGGCAAGAUUGCCACUCGAAUUGCAAGCGGCCAACGGCUCUUCACAUCAACGAUUGUCAUGGCUCCAGGCUAACUGGAAUAAGGCAUCUGAAUAGCGCUAAAAACCAUAUAAGCAUUGCUAGCUGCACUGACUUCUAUAUAUCUGAUCUCGAAAUCACUGCCCCUGGCGAAAGCCCAAACACUGAUGGAAUUGACAUCUCUCGCUCUACCAGCAUUACUAUUGAAAAAUCCAAAAUAGGAACCGGUGAUGACUGUAUUGCUAUAAACGGCGGCACGUCUAAUAUCAAGAUCAACCAAGUUACUUGUGGUCCGGGCCACGGUAUAAGCAUUGGAAGCCUUGGAGAAGAUGGAAGUUACGAUACAGUAGAAGAAGUAUACGUGCGAGGCUGUACUUUCAAGGGGUGUCAAAAUGGUGCAAGAAUCAAGACGUGGGCUGGUGGAGCUGGAUAUGCAAGGAAGAUCACUUUCGAGGACAUCACCCUUGAAGAUAGCCAACACCCUAUCAUCAUUGACCAGUUUUACUCCAGUCAUGAUGGUACUCAAGGCCCCAGUAAGGGGUCGAGCGUAGCAGUGAGUGACGUGACUUACCGUGAUGUGCGGGGGACUUCUGCAGAUGAUGAAGCCAUAAUUUUCAAUUGCUCGGAGGAAAGCUGCAAAAACAUUGUAAUGGAUCAAAUAGACAUAACUUCGUCUGUUCCAGGAAAGGAUGCUCAUGCUGUCUGCAAGAAUGCCGAAGGGACAGCUACUUCUACUGUUCCAUCUGUGCCUUGCCUUUCAGAUUGAGUAUCUUCAUGGCCAUUUCCGGAUGUUGGUCUUUUUUUCUUUUUUAAUGAUCUUUCCAAGGCGUUAGGUUUGAUACUCUUGA